AUGGAGCACUUCGAUGAGUUCAUGUUCACCGGGCCACCUCCACCACUGGCGCCAAUGGUUCAGGUGCAGUCCGUGGCCACAACUCUGCCAGGAACAUGUGACUCCCCGGAGAGUUACUGGACUCUCCUCGCCGCAGGAGCCGAGGCGCAGACUGAAGUGGCGCCGGACAGAUGGGACCCCUCCAUCUACUACGCGUGGGACGAGGGAGCUGCUUCGCGGGGCCAGACCAGCACCAAGCAUGCAGCUUUCCUACAGACCUCCGAGCUUUGGGAGCUGGAUGCAGGAUUCUAUGGCCUUCGAGAGAAAGAGGCGCAGCUCAUGGUUCCGGAGCAGCGGCUGGUAUUGCGAACGGGGUACCAGGCACUGCAGGAUGCGGGCCUCGAAGACUCGUUGAAGGGCAGCAGGAUCAGUACCUAUGUGGGGGAUUGCGCCAACGAGUCCGCAACUUAUUGCCCAGCCGUGGAUGCGUGCCGCCAGACCAGUACGGCGAGUGCUGCAACGGCAGCUCGCAUCGCGCACAUAUUUGGUUUGCGUGGCGGCGCUUGCUCCUUCGACACUGCAUGCUCCUCCUCGCUGGUGGCCCUAGGCCAUGCGCACACACAGCUCUUACACUUGAAGAGCGAGUGUUCCCAAAGCAGAACGUCCAGGGGUGCUUUGGUGGCUGGUGUGCGCGUUCUCUUUGGUCCCGAAGGAUUUGUCGGUCUUGGUGCCGCAGGCUUCCUUGGUGUCCAUGGCCGCUGCUUCACCUUUGACAGCAGCGCCCAGGGCUUUGGUCGUGGGGAAAGCUGCUGUUCCGUGUUCUUAGCUUUGGACGAGGAGGAGGAGGAUGUGGAACUACACUUAGCCAGUCUGUCGGGAAGCAGCGUGAACCAAGACGGGCGCAGUGCGAGCCUGACCGCACCAAAUGGCCCUUCCCAGCAGAGCUGUAUCCGAGCCUCUUUGCGCAUGGCCAGCAUGAGCCCAGACUCUGUGGCCGUGGCAGAGUGCCAUGGAACCGGUACAUCGCUCGGAGACCCCAUCGAGGUAGGGGCCUUGCGUGGGGUCAUGUCCGACCGCAGCAGGCCCCUUAUGAUGACGAGCUCCAAAAGCAAUGUUGGGCAUGCUGAGUCGUCUGCUGGCUUGAAUGGCUUGGCCAAGUGCAUUUCGAUGCUCAUGACUUCCACAUCUGCUCCCAACGUUCAUCUGCGUGCCCUGAACCCCAAUCUGGACACCAGUGGCUUUCCGUGCCUCUAUGAGGACGAGUGUGUCGACGCCGACCGAAACAGCCAGAACAUCGGCGUGUCAUCCUUUGGCUUCGGCGGGACAAACGCGCGAGCCGACUUGUGGGGACACUGUCAGCAAGGGCCGAGGUCCGAGCUGCUGGUGUCAGCCGUCUACUUCCCUUGCUCUGGCUGCGGCGUGUCAUUCUGCCGGAGCUGCGGAGAGGCGCCGCGAAAUUUGGAUCAACACCGGCGCUGGUGUUCUGGGGAGGGCAUGAGCUUCUCCAGUUGCAGCAGCUGCAGGAGAGAUGCUUCCAUGGUUGGAAAAAGCAAUCUGGUCUGUGAUCGUGCUCUGAUUGUGCAUCUAGUAGGUAAGUUUGGGCGGCUGGGGUGGUGA